AUGGCCCCUGGUGUGAGCUGGCACUGUGGGCGCCCUCGCGCUGCAGGCGGGGACCAACUCCUGGCUGUGCCCUGCAGUUUCUCCAUAAUGGUCUCCUACUAUGGGCUGGUGCUGGACCUUCAGAGCCUGGGGCGUGACAUCUUCCUCCUCCAGGCCCUCUUCGGAGCCAUAGACUUCCUGGGCCGGGCCACCACUACUUUCCUGCUCAAGUUCCUCGGCCGCCGCAUAAUCCUGGCCAGCUUCCAGGCCAUGGCUGGCUUCUCCAUCCUGGUCAACGUGCUGGUGCCACAAGAUUUGCAGACUCUGCGUGUGAUCUUUGCAGUGCUGGGAAAGGGAUGUUUUGGGAUAAGCUUGACCUGCCUCAGCCUCUACAAGACUGAACUCUUCCCAACUCCACUGCGGAUGACAGCAGAUGGCUUGCUGCAGUCGGUAGGCCGGCUGGGAGCUAUGAUGGGUCCCCUGAUCAGGAUGACCCACCAGGCCCUGCCCCUGCUGCCUCCGCUCUCCUACGGAGUCAUCCCCAUCGCAUCCAGCCUGGUGCUCCUGCUUUUCCUCCCAGAGACCCAGGGUUUUCCACUCCCCGACACUAUCCAGGACCUGGAGAGCCAGAAAUCAGCAGCAGCCAGAGGUGGUCAGCGUGAGGUGGUCAUUACAGAAAGCACCUGGUUCUAGAAACUCUGCCUACAUGGAGCCCCUUUGGCCAAAGACCCCUGGGGAAGGAGUUGCUUCUUCUCCAAUCAGAAGGUG